AUGGUUUGGUUUUUGAGGCCUCCUUUCCCUGUCAAAGUAUGGAAUACUUUCUUAGUGUAUAUCUCGGCUUUGAUUUAUCUCUAUAUUCCGGAUAAUUUAUUAGUGGCAGGCACCGUCGAACAAUUGCUUGAAAAAGGGACUCGCCUGAUGGUUGGAGGACAGUUGAAUGACGCCCUGGCUGUUUUUAUGCAGGCAGUUGGUAAGUAUGACGAGUUCGAUAAGCUAUACUCUAUAGAUGAUGAUCCCGAAAAUCAUCUGACUUACUUCAGGCGAGGCACCGCUUACUUCGCCUUAGGCAGCAUACGUCUCGCUUACAUGGAUUUUACUCAAUCCAUAAAGCUAAAUGCUGGUUUCAGACCGACUCCUGAUGACCCGGAAGCCGCUGCCCAACUCACUUUUAUAGACGAGUUGGAUAUCAAAUACAACCUUGCUGAAAGACAUUUUGAGAACAGAAAUUUUGAAGAAUCGAUGUUUUUGCUAAAUUCGCUCAUCGAUACGAUAAGUUUUGAUCAUAAGCUUCGGAAAAUGCGUUCGAGAUGCUACUUUGAGCAAGGCGAUAUUCAAAAGGGUAUUCAAGACCUUCGUAAUGCCGUCCAUAUGCUCAAUGACAAUAGAGAGGGCUUAUUAGAGCUGUCGGUCACAAUGUACGAAAACGGAAUGGCAGCACAAUCUCUUGAAGAGAUCCGUGAAUGUCUCCGUCUCGAUCAAGAUGACAAGGAGUGCAUGAAGCACUAUAAAAAAAUAAAAAAGCUUGCGAAAGCCGUAAGCAAAGCGCAGGAGGCUCACGAAGCAUCGCAGUUCUCCGGAUGUAUUCAAAACGCAUUGGAGAUGCUAAAACUGGAGCCCGACAGACCAGCGUACCAGGCUCAAGCCAAACAAUAUCUAUGUCACUGUUAUGCUAAAGUACACAAGGAGAUUCAGCCCAGUCAGGUCUCNNNNACAACCAUUCGAGUUUGUCAAUCCAUCUUGGACGAGGACCGAAGAAAUCAACGUGCGCGAGAACUUUUACAGCGAGCACAAAAGCUGUUGAAAAAUAGCAAACGGAGAGACUACUACAAAAUCCUGGGCGUUAGUCGAUCGGCCAGCAAGGCUGAAAUACUAAAAGCUUAUCGCAAGUUGGCAGCAAAAUGGCAUCCAGAUAAAUAUGAGGGGAAAGACAAAAAGGCUGCAGAGGCGAAAUUCAUUGAAAUUGCCGCUGCAAAAGACGUCCUCACAGAUCCGGGCGUGCUUUGGACACUAUGGUCCGAGGUUCGAGCCCGGCCACCGCCACCCAAUUGCGGAAUGCAUUACUCACCUAGUCCGAUCCCACUGCUCAUCUACAUUAUCAUGUUGAAGCGUACUUAG